AUGGCGUUCGCAUCCGGCGCUGGGCAGUGCGUCCGUUGUACUACUACACAACGCAUUGUUGCACACUCACCCUUACAUUCUCUGACCAAACCAGCGCUGUCCUCCAAAAUAUCGACCUUGCCUGCCGGACAUGAAAUUGAGCGCGCUCCGCAUUUUCAACUAAACGGCGUUCGUAGUCGCACUUCCCAACAAGUUUCAAUAUCUCUUCAUCAAAAGGGAAGAGAGACUGCCCCAGGGACCGGACGACAGCCUCAUAGCCUUCACGCCGAGGUCUCGCGACUACAUUGUGAUAUCACAGCCACCUCCCUACCAAAGUUCUAUCUCAACCUGCUGAUAUAG